CUUUGAAGUCUAUUUUCAUAAUUGAGUGGUCUCUGUUCGAGAGGAGAGAGUAAUCAUCCAAAAAUCGAUCUGGAGCGAGCAGUGGUCUGUAAACUCGAGCUCUGAGAGUGCUGAAACUGUUUGGUGGAUAUCUCGAGUUAUACCAAUCCAAUUAAGGCGUGUGAGAUACCAAAAGAAAGCUCUCAAGACGAGGAAUCCGUGAAGGUCCGUUUUGCAUCAAUCGGAGUAGUGGAAGGCUUCCAAAUCGUCCGAGCAAAACACAACCUCGCAGAAACGGAUCUACUCUUCUAAAGAAACGUGUUCACCGGAAAACACCCAUUCUAGGGGCUGUUUUCGUACCAACGUUUAGGGGUUGAGAUAGCGCUUUGAAGAGGCUGUUUAACACCCAUAUUUGAGCAAGGAAUCAGUUCCAAAUCCACCAUGACCAAAGUCUUGACCAUUGGACCAAGAAGGGAUAGUUUAAAGCUCAAUUGAGUUUCAGGUAGGACUUGAAGGUUGCUACCACGCCCGUUGCUUCGGGAAGAUCAAAGGAGGAGGACGUGAAAUGGAACGCACCGGUAGAGUGACUCGACGGAACCCGACUGGCCAGGUGCUGGGAGGAUCCCAACGUGGCAGUCAGGGGGGAUCAAGAGAGUCUGGGGGACAGGGCCGAGCAGGCCACUCGCUGACCGUGAGUGACGGUCACGUGGAAACAAUAGAUGAGCACUAUGAGUCCGAGGAGGAUUCAACUUACCAACCGGGAACUGAGCCGGUUGACACCCCAUAUGAUGGGGAACACGAUGAUGCUAGUGAUGAGAGUGAUGAUAAUGACGCUCUUGAACGGAUUGAGGAAUUGCUCCGGCAAUACCAACAAGAUCGCCAAAGGCGCCGGGCAAGGCGUGCUUUGGAAGGGGCUUCGAGGAGAGGAAGCCGCGCGACUCCUAGGGAGAGCAUUGAACUCCGAGGAGGUCGAGGUGCCGAGGUUCCUAUCAUAAGGAUCUCAAAAUACCUAAAGGAGGCAAGAGACUUGGGAUGUAAACCGUUUGAUGGAACGGGAGACAUCUCCGUGGCGGCCGAGUGGAUCAAGAGAUUCAAUGAAGCGGCCCUUGAUAUGCAGCUGCCACCCCAUAUGAAGAUGAGAGUGGCAACAAGAUUGCUAGAAGGAAUGGCGUCCACGUGGUGGGACGGUGUCAAAGGGAAGUACGGUGAGGCGGUCACUUGGGAGAACUUCAGGCAAGAAUUCUUUAGCCAAUACUACUCCGACUUCGAGGUGAACUUGAAGAGGAGGGAGUACACGAAUCUGACCCAAGGAGGGGAAUGCACGGUGAAGGAACUUGAACACAAGUUCAGAAAGCUUGCUGAGUUCAUACCGGAGUACAUUUGUGAUGAAAACCGGAUGGUGAACCAUUUCUGGGAUGCCUUGGACCUUGACAUACGCGAGAGGGCAACACAAUUGCCUAAUAUGACGUUUAGUCAAGUGGUUGAACAAGGCUUGAAGGGAGAAAAAGAGUGGGAGGAAAGAAAGCGAAGAAACGCCGAGGAGGCAAAGAAAAGGAAAUGGGAGAACCAUGGCCCCCAGGGUUCAAACAAGAAGGGGAAUCACGGGGGAGGAGGAUCCUUCAGGGCACCCGCACCACCAUCAAGGGGGAAUCCCAACAUGGGGGGGCAAAACUCGGGGUUACAAGCCUCGACGAAGCCUAAGUGCAGGAAUUGCAAGAGAAAUCACGAAGGCAAAUGUCGUGAUCCCCCACGGUGCUACCAAUGCGGAGAUACGGGGCACAUAAGGCCUAAUUGCCCUCAACUUGGUGGGAACCGGUCAUCAGGACCAAACGUGGCAACCACGGUGAGUAGAAACCGGGGUGGGGCACCAAAUGCAAGUGCGGGCCACGGCGGGGCAAGUACAAGCAACGCACCCUCCGUGAACCAAGGAAGGACUCAAGCUAGAGUCUAUGCGAUGACGGAGGCGGAAGCUCAAGCGAACCCGGAUUCCGUUGCAGGUAUUACCUUUUGUAUACUUAUGUUUUACCCUUGAUUAGUCCAUAAAUUGAGGUUGCUAGUCGUUGGGAUCAUUGCACGAAGCUUUGGGGUCAAACGGAGCGAAAUCGGGCGAAAGACGGCUGAUUUCCGCCAACGCACACCAGGCUGGACCAUACGCACGGCCGUGCGUUGUCCGUGCGUUGGUCCGUGCGUUGGUGGCAGUAGCAACCCGGGAAGAAAUUUCUAUACGCACGGCCGUGCGUUUUCCGUGCGUUGGUCCGUGCGUUGGUGGCAGUAGCAACCGGGAAGAAAUUGCUAUACGCACGGACGUGCGUUGUCCGUGCGUUGGUCCGUGCGUUGGUGGCAGUAGCUCCGUUUUGAGGUUAUAAGACACGCACGCCGUGCGUACCUCCUAGGCACGCCGUGCGUACCUCCUGGGCAGCCCAAAGUGGACUUUUCCGCGCCGUAUUGCAACGUUAAGACCGGUUCUUGAUCCCAAACACGUGUGUGAACAUAAUAAACCUCUCUAAAUGUAUAGGAAUGGUAGGAAAAAUGUCUUACAUGGUUCAUAAAUGUAGGGACACUAAAGAUUAAUGGGAAGGAUGCGCGAAUCCUUAUCGAUACCGGGGCGCAACGUUCAUUUGUGAAUGAAGCGUUCGCCAAGAGGUUGGGGGUGCAAUCCGCACCAUUGAUGCAAACCUUAGUGGUAUCAACACCACUAGGAGAUGACGUGGAAAGAACUUGUUAUUAUCCAUCUUGUGGGGUGGAGGUUAAUGGUCAAGCCUUGACGUGUGACUUCGUACCGCUGGGCAUGAUUGAAUUCGAUGCAAUCCUAGGGAUGGAUUGGCUAGAAAGGAACCAUGCUAGGGUAGAUUGCUACACGAAGGUUCUUGAACUCGAAGGCAAUGAUGGGGAGACCCUACGCUUCGAGGGCGAUCGAGGGAGAUCAAAUAGCUGUAUCAUAUCCGCCGUGAGAGCGAGAAGUAUGAUGAGAAAGGGAUGCCACGCAUAUCUAGCAUACGUGGUUGACAAAACCAAAGAGGAAACGAACAUCGAUGAUGUGAGGGUGGUUUGUAAGUAUCCGGAUGUCUUCCCUAAAGACCUACCGGGGCUUCCACCUGACAGAGAGAUUGAAUUUGUGAUCGAGGUCGAGCCGGGUACCAAACCAAUCUCCAUACCGCCAUACCGUAUGGCACCCGCUGAACUUAACGAGUUGAAAACCCAAUUGCAAGAGCUUUUGGAUAACGGUUUCAUUAGACCAAGCCACUCCCCGUGGGGAGCACCGAUUCUUUUGUGAAAGAGAAAGAUAGGACACUUCGAAUGUUCAUUGACUAUCGUCAAUUGAACAAGGUCACAAUCAAGAAUGAAAUCCUUUGCCUAGGAUUGAUGACUUGUUUGAUCAACUACGAGGAGCAACUGUGUUUUCAAAGAUUGACUUGAGGUCGGGGUACCAUCAAUCGAAGAUUAAGGAAGAUGACAUACCAAAGAGUGCUUUCCGCAGAAGGUAUGGACAUUUUGAGUUCCUUGUUAUGUCGUUUGGGUUAACAAACGCCCCAACAGCAUUCAUGGACUUGAUGAACCGAGUAUUCCAUAAAUCCUUGGAUCGAUUCGUGAUUGUGUUCAUAGAUGACAUUUUGAUUUACUCAAAGAGUAAGAAAGAGCAUGAAGAGCACUUGAUACUCGUUCUUGAGACACUACGGGAGAAGCAACUUUAUGCCAAAUUUUCUAAAUGUGAAUUUUGGCUAAAGGAAAUUGCCUUUCUCGGGCAUGUGGUUUCAGGAUCGGGAAUUGCUGUUGAUAAUAAGAAGAUAGGGGCCAUUACCGAAUGGGAGAGACCAAAGAACGUCAAGGAAAUUCGUGGUUCCCUUGGGUUAGCAGGCUACUACAGGGAGCUCGUGGAGAAAUUCUCCGUUUUGGCAUCACCAUUGACAAAGCUCACUCGUAAAGGAGCUAAGUUUGUAUGGGAUGACAAAUGUGAGAAAGGGUUCAUUGAACUAAAGGAGAGAUUGACUGAGGCACCGGUACUUGCAUUACCCAAACAGGGUAUGGGGUACGAUGUCUAUAGUGACGCGAGCAUCCAAGGACUUGGAUGGGUGUUGAUGCAGGAGGGGAGGGUAAAUGCCUAUGCUUCACGAUAGUUGAAGAAGUAUGAGGUGAAUUACCCUACCCAUGAUCUAGAGCUGGGAGCAGUGGUGUUUGCACUGAAAAUUUGGGAGAUAUUAUCUCUACGGAGAGACAUGUCACAUAUAUACUGAUCAUAAGAGCUUGAAGUAUGUGUUUACUCAGAAAGAAUUAAAACAUGAGACAGAGAGGGUGGAUGGAGUUGAUAAAGGACUACCAUCUAGUUAUUGAGUACCAUCUAGGUAAGGCAAACGUUGUAGCAGAUGCCCUCAGUCGGAAGAGUUGUCUGGGGCAUUGUCGACUUGUUUGAGGUAAUCGAGGGGAACUACGCUGUGCAACCAAUCAAGGUCACCAAUAGAAAAGUGAAGAAACUGAGGAGCAAAGAGGUCCCAAUGGUUAAAGUACUUUGGAAGAGCGAUCAGGUCGAAGGGGAGACAUGGGAAACAGAGGCUUUGAUGAGAAAGCAGUAUGCUUUCCUUUUCGAGUAGAGCUGUGAAUUUCGGGGACGAAAUUCCUGUUAAGGGGGGUUGAACUUGUGACACCGCACCCGAACGUCCUUGAAAAUUUGAUUUUAAAAUUCAAAGUUAUGUAUUGGAUUUCUGAUUCCCAAACGAUUGUAAAACGAUUAAUGUUUUACGUAAUUAAUGAUCGAUUAUUGUACUGUCCGAACUCGUAUACAAGUAUCGGGCCUUAUUAAUAAAUAAAAGAGCCUAACAUUAUCUAAAUAGUAAUACAUAACGUUUCAAGACAAGUUGAGGAAGGGCGGGCGGCCCAGAUAUUAUUUUGGGCUCAACCCGCUAGAAUAGCAAGUAUUCGAGAAUGGCGUCGUAGGCCCACUCGGGGGCGACCCCCACGGCUUGUAGCCCAAUAAUAUGAAUGACAAAUGUCAAAAUAAGUGAUAGGAUAAUUUGAGAUGAAUAAAAAAUGCCUAUGAUCCCAUCUUUGACAUUAUUGAGCUAAAUAAUGGGAGUAGGAUUUUCCUUCUAUAAUGUCCAUCAAGUAAAUUAUUGAGAUGAGCCUAUACAUAUUGGAGAUCAAUAAUGUGAUGUAGGAAGUUGACUUGUUCUAAAUAAAUUAGGAUGAGUACAAAAAGACAUCUUUGACAAAAGAUAAAACAAUAGAACCCAUCUUCCCAUUUUUGGAGGUAUUGAUAGAUAUUUUGGACCCCAAAAUAAUUGGGAUCAAUGGGGAACCACUCCACAUGAUAUUAGUACCUGCAAGACAAAUAAAAAUGGGUGAGAAGACUUACCUUGGCCGACCACCAUGGAGAGGGGCUGUAUAAGACUUGAUAGGAAUCAAAUGUUGGGCCACCAUCUCCAUUUUUCGCACAAAAUGGUGUGCUGUUUGUCUCCACUCAUCAUGGGAGUUAUACUCGACCAAACAACGUGUAUAAGGUGUCCUUGGAUAGCCUUUGAAGUCUAUUUUCAUAAUUGAGUGGUCUCUGUUCGAGAGGAGAGAGUAAUCAUCCAAAAAUCGAUCUGGAGCGAGCAGUGGUCUGUAAACUCGAGCUCUGAGAGUGCUGAAACUGUUUGGUGGAUAUCUCGAGUUAUACCAAUCCAAUUAAGGCGUGUGAGAUACCAAAAGAAAGCUCUCAAGACGAGGAAUCCGUGAAGGUCCGUUUUGCAUCAAUCGGAGUAGUGGAAGGCUUCCAAAUCGUCCGAGCAAAACACAACCUCGCAGAAACGGAUCUACUCUUCUAAAGAAACGUGUUCACCGGAAAACACCCAUUCUAGGGGCUGUUUUCGUACCAACGUUUAGGGGUUGAGAUAGCGCUUUGAAGAGGCUGUUUAACACCCAUAUUUGAGCAAGGAAUCAGUUCCAAAUCCACCAUGACCAAAGUCUUGACCAUUGGACCAAGAAGGGAUAGUUUAAAGCUCAAUUGAGUUUCAGGUAGGACUUGAAGGUUGCUACCACGCCCGUUGCUUCGGGAAGAUCAAAGGAGGAGGACGUGGUUCGUGCUUCUUCCGUUUCUGUUUUAAACAAUUACAAUAAUGCUCAUGGAAAUUAUUUUGAAUACUAUUUGGGGGCUUGUAUGCCCAUGUUUGCCACGUGUGGCUUGAAUACGUGUAUUAAUGUUUCCGCUGCUUUAAAUGAAUAUUUUACAUUAUGUUUGUUUAUGGAUGUACUAUGUAUGAAUGGUAUUCAAGACGCCUAGUAUAGUAUGGAUGAGUUGGACUGCGGUUGACUAUUCGUACUGUACGGCGGGUUGUUGACGUGUCCGGUAGGUCCGGGGCGUGACAACACAUGUAUGAGCCGCUGAAAAAAAAAGGUGAAUUAAAAAAAAAAGGCAGCGGCCAAUGACGAGCGUGAGUGGAGCACGGAAGGAGGAAGCUCAGUCUAUUUAAUUACAAAAAAAAACCGGGUGUACAUACACCCGGAUGUACCAUAUAAUUUGCGACUUUUGUGAGCUUUUUAAUAAUUGUUAGCUUUUGGUGACUGAAAAGAUCUUAAAAGGAAAAGGUGGUAGCUGUUUGAUAAAAAGCUGACUGUUUGAUUUAGUUCGGUUUGAUAUACAAGCUGUUAGGGCUAAUUAGUACUAAAAGCCACGGGCAUUUUUCAGAUGCUACUGCCUGUAGCAUCUCAAAAAAGAUAUUUUAUUUUUUUAAAAAACUCUUAAAAAUUGUCAUGCCAAACAUAUAACUAGAAGCUUUUAAAGACUUUUUGAACAAUACAAAAGCUAGAAGUCAGAGACUUAUGCCUGCCAAACAUAGCCUAAGUCCAUAUUUACAGAUAAAUUUAUUUUACUUUAUAACAUGUAUAUAAUUUUACUCGUAAUUAUCACUUAUCAUAUAAACUUAUCAAAUAAUAUGUAUUGUUAUGAAAUUGAUCAUACGAAAAAUAAGCAACUGAAUAAUGUUCUUUUGUGUUUUUAUUAUAAUUAGAGUUUCUCUUACAAUUAUAGAUAUGUUUUAUUAACACAACCUUCUAUCAGAUGUUCAAUUUUUAAUUGAGAAAGUGUAUAAAUGCUAACUAUCAAAUAAAUUGCUGAGUGGAUUGACUAGUUGAAUCUAAGGAUAGCAAGGGGCGGGGGGCACGACCACCCGACCAUGAGGAAACCAUGGAGAUGAGCUUGGGGCAGGACGACAUGAGGAUGAGUGAGAUAUUUCCACCAAGUAGAAUGUGGGACGGCUGAUGGGGAAUACUACACCCGCCUCGACCUCGCUCCCACUAUGCAUAUACACACAAACAUAUAUGAAGGUUAUAUAUUAUACACAUAGAGUAAUGAUCCUGUCCAGCCGGAGGGACAGGACCCGCCGUCGCCAUUUGGGGUCCUUCCCGGUGGAUUUUUUUGCUGAAAUUUUUUAAACAUGUUCUUUAUGAAGUAUAGUUUAUC